CGGAUUGCACAGUGCGCCGACUCAGUAGCCGCGUGUUCGCGAGAACCGGAGGGUUUCGCGGCUAAGCUGCCGCCGAGCGUCGCACAGUCGCGACGGCACCCACCGGCGCGCGCAUUUGUGGACAAAAGGAUCAAGAGGAAGAAUAGAUAUACUUCGACGUGGUAUACAUCGAUAUUAACAUUAACAACAAUAGAAACGUCUGACAGAGGAGGGAGGAGUCUGUUAAUCGUUUUAUUUGCAUCGAAACUAUCGUGGAGGAAUCAUCAGUAACAUUGUUCUUGUCGUUGUCGUCGUCUUCGUCGUUGUUGUUGGAACAUUGUUGGGGGCACAUAUCAACCGGGAAUUUGGAAAGAAAAAAAAAAGAAAAAAAAACAAAGUAGUGGUUGCAUUUACUGAUUGGUGUUAACAAUCAAUUAUAAACUUUGUUAUAUAUUUCUAUAUUUUUUGUUCUAUCCUCUCCCUUUUCUCCAAAUUUCCGUAUUUAUUUCUGUUUCUCUUUUGCUUGCGGCCGGCAAACACGUGGCUGAGGGUGACAGCACGCGCGGUAUUUCUGAUAGAUAGAAAGGGAAAUAGAGAAAGAAAGAGAAAGAAGAAGAAAAAGGAGAGAAAGAGAAAGAAAUAGAGAGAGAGAGAGAGAGGGAGAGAGAGGAAAGGGAGAAAGUUUAGAAACGUGGCAUCAAAGGGACAGAGAAAAGAGUGAGAGGGGGUGGGUGGGAGGAGGACAGGCUUGGCAGAAGGAAGAAGAAGAAAUUAAGAGAAACAGAACAACAGAAAGAUAACGGACAACAAUAGGAAGAAGAAUAAUAAAAAUAAGAAGAAGAAGAAGAGGAAGAAGAAGGAAAGGAAGGAAAGCAUUUGGUUAAUCCUUUCUUUUAUUAUCCUUUGGCGAGUCGAGAAGGACGGAGCAACAACGAACGAGAGCAACCACGAGCGAGUCGACGAGGAGGAAGCGGGACAUGCUGGAACCACGCUGGAGACCCGUCCAGGUAAUGACAACUUUUAUCUUUUCGUCGAGGCUGCAACAUCUCGAGCUCCUACGCAAUCAUAAAUGGCAUCGAUUUCAGGGACAUAUCGGUGAGAAUCCGUUCGACAACGGUUCUUGGGGAAAGGAACAUUUUCAACCAUCGACGGUUCCCUGGCAGCUAAAUCCACGCGGCCACUCUCGACCCAGUGACGAUGGCAUGAUGGAUCAUGACACAGACGGAGACGGUGCGAUCAACUUGUCGACGUCGCAACGACCCUCCGCUGCUACAACCCCCAAUGGUGACAUCCCCGGUUACGGUCAGGAUCAACAGGACAACGAUCAGGCUACUUCGCUAUUUGCAGCGUUGAAGCAGCAACAACAGUCGCGCGAAAACGUAUCUUCGUCGCGGGAUCGCGAGAGCCGUCCCGAAAGAGAACGUCACUCGAUACGUGCUAGCCGAGAAGGAAUAGGAAGGAGUACUGGUGUUAACGAAGCCACAGGUGGUAGCGUUGUCGAUCAACAACAGCAACAACAACAGCAACAGCAAUUACAGUCACAACAACAACAGCAGCAACAGCAGCAGGAACUUACUAUCGAGUACCAAAGCAAUGGGAAGCUCAGUCCUGCUGGACGCACAGUGACAGCAGCACCCAUGACCCAGCAAAAGCAGCCCAUUAUCGCCCAACAUUCGCAACAACCGAGCUCGGGUGCACCUGGUCUUCAGCCGAGCCCUCAUCAAAGUCCACAGGCCCCUCAACGGGGAUCACCGCCGAAUCCUUCGCAGGGCCCACCGCCCGGAGGGCCUCCGGGUGCUCCACCAUCUCAGAAUCCUUCUCAGAUGAUGCUCAGCCCGGCGAGCGGCCUCCACCAAAUGCAACAAUUGUUGCAACAACACAUACUCAGUCCUGGGCAACUGCAGUCCUUCCUGCAGCAACAUCCCCUUUAUCUCCAACAACAACAGCAACAACAUCAUCAGGAUUCCUCGUCCGAUCAUGCGCCCACUCAAGAACGUUUUGGCUAUUUCUCGUUAAAAAGCCAGCAACAUCAACUCGCGGAACUCGGUAGGAAACAAUUGGAACAGGCGAUGCAACAACUGCAGGAACAGUUGCAAUUGAAUUUGAUUCAACAAACGCAUCUACUCCAAACGGCUGAUAAGAAAAAAGCAUCCGGUCCGCUACAACAGUUGGCACUUCAACAACAACAGUUGGUACAACAGUUUCAGAUCACACAGAGACAAUAUCUGUUACAACAAGGUCUCGGUCUACAAAGUCACAAUCCUUCGUCAGGUUUACAACCAGGAGAAGGAUUACCAACAUGGAAGUCCGAAACGUCAGAUGGUUCGGAAUCUCAUCAAAAUUCCAGUGUCCCAAAAUCCGGAGGAUUAAACGGACUUCUGAAUUCGAUAGUUUCGGGUCGGCGAUCGGAAAUGAACGGUACGACGCCGUUAGACGAAAAGCCACUCGAUGUUUCCUGCAACGAUAAGGCUCAUCCCCUCUACGGUCACGGGGUUUGCAAAUGGCCGGGCUGUGAAGUUAUUUGCGAAGACUAUCAAGCAUUCCUUAAGCACUUAAACACGGAGCACACGUUGGACGACAGAUCGACGGCACAAGCGAGGGUACAGAUGCAAGUUGUCUCUCAAUUAGAGAUUCAGUUGCAGAAGGAACGGGAUCGUCUCAAUGCCAUGAUGCAUCAUUUGCAUAUGGCAAAACAAAUGGCUUCCCCUGAACCACCUAAAUCUUCCGAGUCUUCGACGGGCUCGAGUUUACCAAAGUUGAAUUUGUCGACGGCUUUAAUGAGCCAGCCACCACCGAACUUUGGUGUGUCCCAGGUUUCGCCGGUUUCAAUGUCGGCACUAGUCUCGGCAGUGAGAUCACCAGCGGGUGGACAACUGCCACCAUCCGCUGGCGGUACGGCGAUGCCACCGAUACCAAACAUGUCGAACAUGUCGGGGAUGCCACCGUUACCAAACAUGCCUGGAACUCCUGGAAGCAUGCCGAGUAUGGCGGGACCGAUACGACGACGAAUCAGUGACAAGUCGUCCUUAUCCUUAGCUGGAGGGCUGUAUGAGGAGGGCACUGUAAGGCGCAGAGUAACCAUCGAUAGAUCUGGAAUAGAUAUUAACGAAGAAAUUCAACGAAAUAGGGAAUUCUACAAAAAUGCCGAUGUCAGACCACCCUUCACGUACGCAUCCUUAAUUCGACAGUCCAUCAUCGAAUCUCCAGAUAAACAACUGACGCUCAACGAAAUUUAUAACUGGUUCCAAAACACAUUCUGCUACUUCCGGCGAAAUGCAGCUACGUGGAAGAACGCGAUUCGCACCAAUCUAUCAUUGCACAAGUGUUUUGUGCGCUAUGAGGACGACUUCGGGUCAUUCUGGAUGGUGGACGACGCCGAGUUCGUAAAGCGGCGGCAUCUGUCCCGCGGCCGCCCCAGGAAAUAUGACCAAAACCCAUCAUCCACUCCACCCCACCUCUCCGCACAGGGCGUACCAUCGAAAAGCCCAACGCUCACUCACAGUCCUACGAUGUAUGGUGAUGCUCUAAAUGCCAACCUCCAGUAUUUCCAGGCUGCACUCGGGGAGUCUAAUAUGGGAUUUUUAAAUAACUCGAUGUGUACGUCGACAGCAACGAGCCCGGAUAAGGAGCACGUUUUAUCACACAAUGAUCUAAUGUCACCACUGGAUGAACCAGGAGUGCAUAUAAAGCAGGAAGGUCAGAGCCCGGAGGGUGGUAAGCUAACGAGAUUAAUAAAACGUGAGUUGAUGGAUGCGCAAACGGAACAAGAGGCAGAAGAUGAUCAGGUGGACGAGAGAGAGUAUCCAGAAAGUCACGAGCACGAUUCGGGACAGGACGAGGAUAUUGCAGAGGACCUUUCGAUGGCACCCGACAUAAUGAGCCCGGAGGAUCAGAUUGAGGCGUAGUAUCGUUCGACUCGAGCCCGAUAGGAGGACGGUACCGUGUCAGGCUGUCUCGUUCGAGUUCGAGGACGAACGAGUUUUCGAAGGAGGUGGAAGAAAAGGGUAAUAAUAGGAGGAGAUGGAAAAGAAGCUGAAGAAAAUGAUCAACAACAAGAAUUAGAUGAAGAAGAAGAAGAAGGGGAAAAUGUAAUAAAGAGCGACAAGUUUUUCGAAUCGUUCGAAAAAUCCGACAGUACGUUUCUACGACGACCAAGAUGGAAGGAAAUAAGAAGAAAGCUCAAAAGGACGAAGGAGGGUCCUUCGGAGGGUCAUUCGCUCAGCUCUUCCUACGAAACCCCUCGAAUCAUCAUAUCCUAGUUGCAUUAUCUCAAAUGUGGCUACACUUCGAGACGUAAGAAAGAGAGAUGAAGAUAACCGAACGAGAUGAAGAUGAAGAAGAUGAAGCCGAAGAAGAAGAUUAAGUGAAACGAAGAAGAAACUUAGAAAGAGAGAGAGAGAGAGAGAGAAAGCGAAAUGCGUGGGAAAGUUGGGAGGAAGAUAAAAAGAACGAAAAAAACAAAAAAAAGAAAAGAAAAGAAAAGAAACCAAGGCCACGCUGUGCUAUCCAUAUCCUUACUCAAGCAAUUGCGAACAACGAUGUCACGUUUUUCAUUUAUCUCCCGUUGUAUUUCCUUUACGAAGUCGCGGUUAUGAUCUAUAUAUGAUAUAUAUAUAUAUAUAUACAUAUUAUCAUUUAUAUGUAUAUAUAUAAGAUAUAUAUAAUAUAUAUAUAUAUAUAUACGUAUACAUAUAUAUACAAAAAAUAAGAAGAAAAAAAAAAUCUCUCUCAUGUACAUUAUAAUUAGGAUUAAAGAAAAGAAACGAAUGAAAGAAAGAAAGAAAGGUGAAAAGAAUACGAGACGCAGAAUUGAAGAAUCGAUUUUUACCGGUGGCUCCUUCUUUCUCUUCGAUCUUUUCAUUUUCUCUUUUCUUUUUCUUAUACCUAUUAUCUUUUCAUUUUCUCUUUUU